UUCUGCAGUACAGUAGACAACGCUCUCAUCAGAAUGGAGCCUACGCUUUUCAUUUUAUGUUGGGUAGUCAAUAUUGGAAUGACAUUUGCAAACACCUCGGGCACAUCUCAGAACUCGCAGAUUUCCUGUGGUAGCACAUGUGCUGGUGUACCAGGUAUUCCUGGCAUUCCAGGCCAACCUGGAAGGGAUGGCUUGCCAGGAAUCCGUGGAAACGAUGGCGCGAAGGGUGAGCCUGGAGAAAGAGGAAAUUAUAGUUGUGAUUGUGAAACUAAGUCUAACUGGAAGCAAUGCGCCUGGAGAAGAAAUUAUGAAACCGACGUAGGAUUUAUCAGAAGUUGCUCUUUCAACAAAGAGCAUAGUCACACCUCACUGCGCGUUUUCUUCUCGGGAAAUCUUCGUGUUACCUUUAAUAACCAAUGCAAGCGAUGGUAUUUUACAUUCAAUGGGGAGGAGUGCAGCAACCCAAUGACUAUUGAUGGCUCGUUGUACAACGCGAGAUCAGGUGAAUACCCUCACCGUCAUCGCCAUUUUGAAGGUUACUGUGACCAACUUCCAAGAGGAGCAAUAAGCGUUGGUUUAUGGGUCGCAAACUGUGCUGGGUAUGGAGACGCGGAUGCACACACUGGCUACAGAGAUAUAUCACGAAUUGUAAUUGAAGAGGUUCCACCACCUCAAACAUAGAACGAAUAAUUCAAUAGAUACCUCGGAAAAUGACAAAAACCGAAUAAAACAAAUAUGUAUCCAUCCUAUUCAAGCGUAAAAUUUAGAGAUAU